AUGGAUGUGGAUACCGAGCCACUGAUGCUCUUGCUUCGGAGGCACGCGCCUGUCGCAAUAGCUGCCGGACAUAUCAUCCUCGUCAUCUAUCUGACUUUCGCUGUGUCGAGGAGCUUGUACCGGUCCUAUCUUGAGCUCCCACCGUCGCAAGAGACUCGUUUGAGGAAAUCGCACCGCCAGCGCCAUAUGCCCAUCUUUGCGGCGCUUGCCGCUGCGAGUUUCGCCUAUGCCGCGUACACGACUUUUACAUAUGCAAUUCUCUCCUACAAGGUCUGGGCCGUAGAGAACGAUAUUCCCUUACCUGUUAGAUUUUGGGGAAACGAUGGCAUUCUACCCUUCCGUGACAAUCAUACCUUGAAAUACGUGUCGCGAUGGCUGAUUGAUACCCCUGUUUACCUCGAUGCUUUCGAGAUUCUCGCUGAAAAGGCGAGGCGCCACUGGUGGGGCCAGCAACUUGAUCUUGCUGUCCUUCCAUGGUCCCUUCUUCUAUCCAUCGAGGGACGACGGAGAAAUAUUCCAUUUACGUGGGCGUAUCUCGGGCUUGCGCAUCUCGUCGGGCUCUCCUUUGCGCAGAACUUGUUCUACAUCGCACUGCUCCUGACGCCAGCGCCGAUCCCUUCACGUCCGGAUGAUACGAUUCCGGCGUCGGGAUACAUUAGCAUCCGCGAUUCCAUCUUCCCGCCGAAACCCGUCAACUGGUGCCCCCACCCACUGCUAUUCCUCAUCGGCUACUCACUAAGCGGAGCGGGUAUUUUUCUAGCCCCUGCGAUAGCUGGCACGGGUUUAUCGACGCGUCUACUACUGAUCACGAGGGGACUGGACUUCUUGCCCAUCCUGAUGCCUUAUAUAGUUCCCGAAUCGUGGGGCACCCUUCACUCGCAUCCUCACCGUGCGUACAACUCCUUCUCCGCGCUUUUCAGGCUACUGUCGACGAUGAGUUUGGUCCUCCACGGCAGGACAACCUUCUGGGCACUAGCUCGUGUGGUGGAUGACUCCCAACAUAGACAUAGUGCCAUGAUGAACGUUGACCUUGAAAAGCUUGCUCUAUGGGAGCGGACGACAUACGGCCUUGGCCGGAUCUUUGGUGCGUUGUACCACCAUCCCGUCAUCAGCCGUGCCAGCGGGGACGUAAUCCUGUCCGCCCUCAGUCUCGGACUAUGGUCAGCAAUCCGGGCUAUUACGGCUGAGGAUAUUCUCUCGUCAGCCGUUCCAUUCUACCCAAAAAUCGAAGCCCACGCCGUAGCGCACGAUGCUACGGCCGGCGAAGAGAUGCUUGCCGAGGCCAGUAUCAAGGUCGAACCCCCGACGCCAUCACCCUCGGCCGAACCCAAAAGACGGCGAGGUCGGCCCGCGAAAGUCAAGGCCGAGCAGCCCACUACGGAUGAGGACGCACCAGCACCAACAACUCCGCGCAAACGGGGUAGGAGACCUCGGAAGCGCAAGAGUGUCUCGACAACCCCCGCGCCGGAGGACGCUUAUGUGCCAGCGGCCGAGGAGCGCGCUGUCAUCCCGGAAGGAGACGAAGUGCGAUUGGUGGACGGCGAACUUGCGUGGGAGUCGGCGGCGCUGGCUUGGGGAGUUACGGUCGUGGGCGGGUUAGGGUGUGGGAGUUCUGGGGUGUUUGGCGGCGAGUGUGUGUCGAGGUGA